CGAUAAAUCUUUUUUUUUUAAAACUAUCACACUUCCAUAAUAUGCUUGAUCUUCAUCCGUAUACAUUGUUGGUAGUUGUCUUCACGGUCUUAUGUGUAAAGCAAUUUGUUUCAUACGUGGGUAAACCUAAAAUCCAAUCGUUUGUAUGGCAAGGUUAUACCAAAUAUGUAGCACCAAAACUUGGAAAUUCCAAGUUGGUUGAAAUUUCUAAAAAGAGAACACAAUUGAAAGAUGUUCUUAGACAAAGAAAUGCCAUCAGUGCCCAGGAUGAGUAUGCAAAGUGGACAAAACUCAACCGUCAACACGACAAAAUUGAGGCUGAAAUCACUGAAAUGUCUAAAUCUCUUGGAAGUGAAGAGGCUCAAGUGAAUAAAUUGGUUGGAUAUGCUAUCACUGCCAUUGUUACAUUACCACUUUGGUUCUUCAGAGUUUGGUUCAGAAAGUCCGUAUUGUUCUAUCUUCCACCUGGCGCCCUUCCUUACCCAGUGGAGUGGGUUCUUGCAUUGCCAUUUGUGGUAACUGGAGGCAUUGGGUUGACCAUAUGGAUGUUUGCUGUGAACAAUGUUCUUUCUUCUCUUAUUUUCCUUUUGACUUUCCCAUUCGAAGCUAGAGUUCCAAAGCCAGAAUUGAAGACUGAAGUAGAGAAGAAGAAGAAGAAUUAAUCAAUAAUAUCAUUAAUAAUACCAAAAAGUUGCAUUCAAAUUAUUUGG